UAACCAGGAGUGGUGUUCUGGGGCUCUUGGACCCCAGCUUUCUUUUCCCCCCAAGUCUCCCUCUUUAUGGCUUUCUAAAAAUGUGAAGACCUGGGGCAAAUCAGGAGGAUGGAGGAAACCCAGCGUUUGCUGGCAGAACCAGUUCCCGGCAUUAAAGCAGAACCAGAUGAGAGCAACGCCCGUUAUUUUCAUGUGGUCAUUGCUGGCCCCCAGGAUUCCCCCUUUGAGGGAGGGACUUUUAAACUUGAACUAUUCCUUCCAGAAGAAUACCCAAUGGCAGCCCCUAAAGUACGUUUCAUGACCAAAAUUUAUCAUCCUAAUGUAGACAAGUUGGGAAGAAUAUGUUUAGAUAUUUUGAAAGAUAAGUGGUCCCCAGCACUGCAGAUCCGCACAGUUCUGCUAUCGAUCCAGGCUUUGUUAAGUGCUCCCAAUCCAGAUGAUCCAUUAGCAAAUGAUGUAGCGGAGCAGUGGAAGACCAAUGAAGCCCAAGCCAUAGAAACAGCUAGAGCAUGGACUAGGCUAUAUGCCAUGAAUAAUAUUUAAAUCGAUCUGAUCAUCAAGUGUGCAUCACUUCUCCUGUUCUGCCAAGACUUCUUCCUUUUUUGUUUGCAUUUAAUGGACACAGUCUUAGAAACAUUACAGAAUAAAAAAAAAGCCCAGACAUCUUCAGUCCUUUGGUGAUUAAAUGCACAUUAGCAAAUCUGUCUUGUCCUGAUUCACUGUUGUAAAGCAUGAGCAGAGGCUAGAAGUAUCAUCUGGAUUGUUGUGAAACGUUUAAAAGCAGUGGCCCUUCUCUGCUUUUAUUCAUUUCCCCCAUCAUGGUUUAAGUAUAUAAAGCACUGUGAAUGAAGGUAGUUGUCAGGGUUAGCUGCAGGGGUGUGGGUGUUUUUCUUUAUUUUAUUAUUUUUUUGAGGGGGGAGGUAGGUUUAUUUUAAUUUUAAAUGGGCUCCUUUCCCCCUUUUAUGGUGAUCUAAUUGCAUUGGUUGAAAGCAGCUAACCUCAGUUCUUUAGAAUAUGCUCUCUAGCCAAGUCUAACUUUAUUUAGACGCCGUAGAUGGACAAGCUUGAUUGUUUGAACCAAAAUGGGAACAUUAAACAAACAUCACAGCCCUCACUAAUAACAUUGUGACUUUGCUGUCAAGUGUAGAAUCCUCCUUUCAGGAAAAAGCUUGUGACCAUUUUGUAUGGCUUGUCUGGAAACUUCUGUAAAUCUUAUGUUUUAGUAAAAUAUUUUUUGUUAUUCUACUUUGCCUUUGUACAGUUUAUUUUACUGUGUUUAUUUCAUUUUCCCAAUGUGACAAUCUUAUUUAAAAAUUAAAACUGAUGGAACAUUGUUUUGGUCUUCACCACCUGACAAAUUGAAUGAUGAGAGGUAGAUUUUGCCGGUUUCUUUUCAUUGAUGCAAAUUUGUGUUAAGAUAUCACUGAGUGGAGUAUUAAGCUGGCCCUGAGCAUGCCUAAAGCAUCAGUAUCUGACCUUUUUUUGCCUCCUAGAAAUUUGAAAUAAAUGUGUUUGUGUUGUCUGGUUAGUUAGGCAAUCAUCAGUAUCUUGCCACGAUGUUUAAAUAUUGUGCAGGAGAGUCACAGCCAACAGUUGUGAUUGGCUUUGUGUAGGACUUUCACAUGUGCCACAUUUGUGUCUGGCAUUUUGAGUUAUGACCUUUCUCUUAGUUCUUGUCUCAGAACCUCAUAUGUGAUCCCUGCUGUGUGUUAUUAGGAAACACCAAUCUGAUAAUCAUUUGGGGUUUGCUGAGGCAGUUAUAAGUCUUCCUUAUAGACCUGAUGAGCAGAUCUCAAGCAGUCAGCUUGCAUAAGUGUCAUCAGAAAGGUUUCUUCCUUUGAGAGCAUCAAAUCUUCAGUUAAUGAUUUUUUACUGUCAUCCAUCUAAUAUUUGCUACAGGAGCUCCUUUUAUUCUUUAAUUUGAUAUUCAGCAGUUUUUUCUGCAUUGACAGAGUUCCUCUUCCCACAGAACUGCUCUUUCCCACCCCUCCAUAUCCAAUUCCUCGUUCUUGUUAUUUUUAAGAUAUAAAUGUAGCCAGUCAUAAGUAUGUAAAUAUUAACCUGUGGGUUGGAACCUUUGUCUCUUGCAGUUUAAGGUAAUGGAUAUUGUAGCCCAUCUGAAUUUUCCCUACUCUUAUUCUCGUAACUUCUGGAGUUUCUUCAGAAUGUGAUGUAUUUUAUUGUGCUCCUAUGUAAGAUGAAGAAUUAUCUAUUAAAAUUACAUUUUCAACAUACGAAAGUUUUUAUGACUGGUAACUGGUACCCUUCCAAAUAAAUUCAUUGCUUGGAAACAGAUGUUACUUUUAAUUCAGAAUAAAAUUGUUCAUAGCCCUAAUAUUGUAAAUUAAAAAACUUAGAAGUUGUCAUUUAUAACAAUUCUUGGGCUGUUUAGAGGUUACCUUGCAACUAAGGAAACUAAAUCUCAUUCUGGGGCCAAAAUGAGUGACCACCCAAGCAGUUGAAUAGAGAUCAGCUUUAUUCAUUGGAGGUGGCACUGCUUAUGAUGAUAGCUAGUAUUACAUAGUGAUUUAUAAGUUAUAAAAUUCCAGAUUUAAAUCUAUUGCUCUACAAAAUUGUGUAAAAUAGGACUCUUCUGUCUACUGAGUUUAUGAGUCAUAGAACUCCAUAGAAAUGGAGUAAUGCACUAUUUUCAUUUCAAAUACGUGAAUUCCUAAUUUCAUAGCAUCAUGGUUUUUUCCCUUUAUAAUUUGGUAAGAAUCUUCAUUGUUUUGAUGAGAUGAUACUUCUCUCAACCAGUGCGAUGAAACAGGAGCCAUUGUGUUGACAGAGCUUUCUUAGGAUUUAAGGGGCUCUGGGAGAGGUCAAGGUAGAAUUUGAAAACUGGCAGCUACAUCUGGCUUUGGGGCCUGUUUUCCUUGGCCCACACAGUGUGGUUGGUUAAAACAUUAUGAAUUCAAUGACAAAAUUUAAAAAAAUCGGGAGAGUCACAUGAAAAUUUAGAAUCUGGUAACUUCAGUGAUCUUAAAUAUCUGGCACUGCAGACAUGGCCUGCCUUUGUGCAGGGUAUCUGCUGGGAGGAGCUAUGUAGCAGCCAUUCUAAGAAGAGCUGGUUAUUCUUCUCUAAUCCAGUGACUCUCCAGUUGUUUAGAGCCCCCUGCCAGCCCAUGUGCUCCUUUUUGUAGUUCUGUUCCCAUGUAAGCCUUUGACUUUGUAACUCCUAAGCUUAUGGACAGUUGUUCAUCAAAUAAAAGUGCUUGAUAUAUGCCCAACACUGUACUGCUUGUUGGGGAUGAUUAGGUGAAUGAGACUGGCAUGGGACUUUCCCUUGUGGACCUUUUAAUCUCAUGGGGAGGGGUUGUGAACAAAGAGCAGCUGCAUCUCUGAGGGAGAUGGGAAGUAAGUGCUUGGGAGGGGCUGCUCCCCUAGAUUCAAACCAGAUGCACACCUCCGGACAGGGGAACAGCAUGUGCAAAGCCCUGGGAGAGGUAAAGAAUCUGAAUACAUUGAUAAGUGGCUUGAAAAUCAACUCUGCCCAUUCAGGAACUUCUCUGAAAUCCUGAGCUGAUAACAGGACUUUAUGUUUUUAUGUGACUCUUAAAUUUUGUUGUCUACUUUGUUGUGAUUUGCUUCCACACUAGUUAUUCUUGGUCCUCUCAGAGGCUGCCUAAUGAGAUCUUAGAUUUGAAAUAUGUAGAACUUAAACCCUGCUCUAGACUAAGAACAUACUUUAAUACAAAAUUUCAGAAGCAUUUAAAAAUACAGAUCAAUACAUAAAAGCCAUAGGUGCUGUGGUUUAGCACUAUUGAAGGAAGAGUGUAGGGAGGGAAACCUGGUAUUCUAUAAAACGUUAUAAACACAGUUUUAGCUAAGUGGUUGUCAUAGGAAUGAUAGGAAUUGGCUUUAUUUUUGUAUUCGAUGGUUCAGGAAUCUUUUGGCUACUUACUCUAGCCACAUCAUUUUUUGUUAGUUGCAGUAUCAAAGAUGGUUUAAAACUACAGCCUUAUCUACAAAAGCUGGCCAAAAAAAAAAGAAAGAAAGAAAGAAAAAAAGAUAAAAUGCCAUAAUUAUAGGGCAGCUAAUUCAACAGUCUAUUUAAUAAAAGUGUAAUAUUUCAUUGGAAUAAUGUAUUUUGGGGCUGGGACUACAUUUCAUUUAGCUGUUUAGCAUGCUGCUUAGUUUAAGGAAUUAUAUCAGGGGUUUAUUUUUUAAAUGACUUAAUGAUCACAAAAGCAAAACAUGUUGAAUGUAAUAACUUGAAAGAAAUAUUAAGAAUAAAAAUCUGUACUCCAC